AUGCCGAUUCCUAUGCGUUUGAAAGAAUUAAUACGACUAAUAAGGUCUUGCAAGACCGCAGCGGAAGAGCGUACUGCUGUCAACAAGGAAUGUGCACUUAUUCGUACCACAUUUAAAGAAGAAGACAACGAAUUCAGAUGCAGAAAUGUUGCUAAGUUAUUAUAUAUCCAUAUGCUUGGUUAUCCAGCGCAUUUCGGGCAGUUGGAGUGCCUUAAGUUGAUUGCAUCAAAUCGUUUUAUGGAUAAACGAAUCGGUUAUCUUGGCGCUAUGCUUCUGUUAGACGAACGUCAAGAUGUCCACAUUCUUAUCACCAAUUCCUUAAAAAAUGAUAUGAAUAACUCAACACAGUUCAUUGUCGGGCUUGCUUUAUGUACAUUAGGAAGCAUUUGCUCUCCAGAGAUGAGUAGAGAUCUCGCGAAUGAAGUGGAAAAACUGUUAAAGUCAGCAAAUGCUUACAUUAAGAAAAAGGCUGCUCUAUGUGCCACACGAAUGGUUCGUAAGGUUCCUGAAUUAUCUGAAAUAUUUAUCCCUGUCACCCGUUCAUUGCUUAAUGAAAAAAAUCAUGGUGUUCUACUAACUGCAGUAGCUUUGAUCACGGAAAUAUGUACUGUCAAGCCAGAUACUAUGCCACAUUUCAGAAGGUGGACACCUCAGUUGAUACGCUUACUGAAGAAUUUGAUUAUGGCCGGCUAUGCUCCAGAUCAUGAUGUUUCUGGCAUUAGUGAUCCUUUCUUACAGAUUCGUAUCCUAAACCUACUAAGAAUUCUCGGUAAAGAAGAUCAAGAGUGCAGUGAGGCUAUGAAUGAUAUUCUGGCUCAAGUUGCCACAAACACUGAGAGUAGUCAUAAUGCUGGUAAUGCUGUUUUAUAUCAAACUGUUCAGUGUAUCAUGGAUAUUAAAGCAGAAAGUGGAUUACGUGUGCUUGCUGUAAACAUCAUGGGAAGAUUCUUAUUAAAUAGUGAUAAGAAUAUCAGAUACGUGGCUUUGAAAACGUUACAAAAGACGAUUAGCAUUGACCAUACGGCCGUGCAACGUCAUCGUAAUACUAUAAUUGACUGCUUAAAAGAUCACGAUAUCUCCAUUAGAAAGCGAGCAAUGGAGCUGUCGUUUGCUUUAAUCAACGAAUCUAACGUAAAAACUAUGAUAAAGGAAUUAUUAGACUUCCUUAAUAGAGCCGAUUCCGAAUUUAAGCCAUUCGCAACACUCAGGAUAUUUCAAGCAGCUAUCAAAUAUGCGCCUGACAAGAAAUGGCAAUUAGAUACUAUAUUACAAAUGUUAAAGGCUGGCGGUAGUUACGUCAAUGACGAAGUUGUAGCAAGUUCUAUCCAUGCCGUUAGUGAAUCGCGUGAUUUACACGCUUACAUAACACAACAGCUAUACUUUGCAAUGUAUGCAGAUAUCUCAAAGCAACCUCUUGCUCAGGUAGCAAUUUGGUGCUUAGGAGAAUAUGGAGAUUUACUCAUAUCUGGAACAGUUGAAGAAGGCUCGCAUAAGAUUGACGAAGAUGGGGUUUUGGAUCUACUACAAAGCGUCUUAAACGAUACCGUUACGUCAUUUAUAACACGGGCUUUCACGUUAAAUGCCCUAAUGAAAUUGAGUACCCGUUUUCCAAAAGCGGCAGGCCGUAUCAAGGAAGUAGUUGCUCGAUAUACUAAUAGCCUGGAUCUAGAGUUGCAGCAACGUUCCGUUGAGUAUAGUGCGCUCUUUAAAAGUUAUGAUACUCUUCGACCUGGCCUACUGGAAAGAAUGCCCCGCAUUGGAAAAAAUGAUGGAACAGAAGCACCUGUAUCGGCUGAUGCAACUACUAGUGGACAGGCGAAUGACUUGCUUGAUCUUCUUGGAGAUGAUAUACCAUCGAUGCAACCAACUCAACCUCAAAAUAAUAGAGGAAAUGCACUAUUAGAUCUAUUAGGUAGCAGUAGCAAUGAAGAUUCAGUGGUCCAGCCUGUUGCUGCUAUGCCGCCAGAAAUUCCACCUUUGAAUAUUUACGAUAAAAAUGGUCUUAGAAUAGACUUUAACUUUGAAAAGGCCACCAUUAACCCUGACAAUACUGUACAGAUGACACUUAAUGCUACAAACUCUACAGCUUUUCCUUUUACUGACUUUGUAUUUCAAGCUGCUGUCCCUAGAUCUUUUCAGUUACAAAUUCUUGCUCCUUCUGGAGCUGUAGUUCCGCCUAACAAUUCUGGUUCGAUAACACAAGUCUUAAAAGUCUCGAAUCCAAAUAAGCAAAACAUCCGGAUGAGGGUUAAGUUGUCUUUCAAUAUGAAUGGUAAUACUAUACAAGAUCAGGGUGAAAUAAAUAAUUUUCCAGCUGAAUGUAACUAA